AUGUCAACCCAGCAAAAGCUUCCCUCCCAACUCCCCGAUCUCAACUGGCACAAACUCUCCUCACCCGAUAAGCAUCCCACCCGCACCUACGGUGUCACACUCUACGCCGACAUCUUCCGCCGCGUCAACACAGACACUGAAAAAGCCCCCGCCAUCAUCCCCUGGAGUUCAUACGGCAAGACCGGCUCCGGCACCCAGCACGUCGAAGUCAUAAUGAAGGAUUCUGGAAGAAGCGGCCGCUGUUUGACGCGUACUGGGCGAGUACCUGUCGUUGCUGGGCUUUGA